AUGAAUAAACUACUUAAAACUUUAAUACAAAAACGUGAUGGUGGAACAUCAUCAUCAUCAUCAUCAUCAACAACAACAACAGCAAUACCAACAGAAGGUACAUUAUCAAAUAAUAAUGCAUCAACAUCACCAGAUAUUCUUCUUACAUUAACACAUCUAAGAAAAGUUUUCUAUGAAUAUCAACAUCCAAAAAUUCAAUGGACACAACAAGAUAAACAUGAUCGUCUAUAUUCAACAUUACCUAUGGUUAUUAAAGUACUUAGUGUACUUACAAAUAAUGAAUGGGAAGAACGUUUUCCUGAAUUAUCAGAUUAUACAUUUACACUUGCUAAAUUACUUGUUUAUGAAAUACGUAUGCGUGCAGAUAAAGAACCAAAUCCAUGUGCAGCAAGUCAAGCUAUUAUUGUAUAUCUUGAAAUGAACGAUGAAAUAAAUUCUCUAUCAGGAUGGUCAUUACUACGUUCACUUAAAUUAUUAUCAACAGGACCUAAUUUUAUUAUGGAUAAAUUUGCACAAGCAUCAUUACCAAGUACAUUUGUUAAAUGUUUAUAUUUAUUUUUUGAUUUACCAGAAAUAAUAAUAACAUAUUCAAAUAAUGAUGUUAUAUCACCAAAAGAAAAACGUAUAUUAUUUCAACAAAUAUUUUUUCAACUUCUAUCACGUAUUGCAAUGUCAAAUUCAUGUGUUGAUGAAUUAACACGACGUGAUGAUCUCUUAUUAUUAUUUAAUGCAAUAUCAAGUAAUUGUCCCGAACGAAAUAAACCAUGGAGAAUACAAGCAUCGGAAAUGCUUAUUUUAAUUGGAAAACAUUCAUUGCAACCAGCUAUUCAAUGCAUUCAUAGUGCUCGAUGUAUAUCUCAAUGUGUGGAAAAUUUACGUCGAGCAUCAUGUGAUUUAUCAUUAAUGGAUACAGCUCGUGUUUAUGAAACAUUAAUAUGUUUAUUAAUUGAAUCAGCAUCAUUAUCAUCAAGUCUUAUGGAUGAUUUUCGUCUUGCACAUUGUUAUGUUCAUAUGAAAGAUGUUGUUUUGAGACUUGAAAAUGAAUGGAUUAAUGAUGAAUCGGAAAAAUUUUUUGCACACUUUAUUACAUUACUCGGUGAUUUUACUUACGCAGGUCAUAAUGAGCUUAAAUUACCUAGCCGACCUGAAACAAUUAUUGAUAUUCCAAAUUUUGUUAUGCCACAACCUAAAAAAACCGGUUUCAUUGUUCGUAAUAUUUCGGCAUUUACAAUUCUUCAAUCUAUUUUUCAACAAUCGACUCAUCCAUUUCUUAUUAAUAUAGUAUUUGAUACAAUAAGUAGUAUUAUAUUAGCUGAUAAUGCAAAUUAUUUUCUUUGUGGUGAAAAUCUUUCACCAAUAACUGAAGCACUUUAUAAUAAACCUAAUGAUGUACAAUUAAAAAUUUAUGAUCUUUUGGAAUUUAUUGUAUUUCAACUUAAAUAUAUUCCACAUAGAGAACUUGUUAAUUUAUCUAUAAUGCUUAAAUCACAUAAUUGUGUACAAAGUCAUAAAAAUUGUGUAAAAUAUCUAAUACAUAUACUUAAAUUUAAUAAUGUAUUAAAAGAUGCUCUUCGUGAAUUGGGUUUUAUUGAAGUACUUAUUGCACGUUUACAUCAUUUUGCAACAUUACUUAAAGAAUCAAUACAAGAUCCAAAUGACAAAGGUGAUAAUAUGGAUCAAGAAGAAAAAGAAUUAGGUUUCAUGAUUAUGGAAGCAUUAGCUUUACUUUUAUCACAUAAUCAAAAAAAUGCUAAAAUAUUUCGAGAACAUGGUGGUGCAAGACUUGCACAUAAUAUUAUUCCAUAUCGAUUAUGUCGAGUAGCAGCAUUAACUGUUGUACUUCAUCUUGUUUUAUGUACUGGUGGUGAAGAUGAUACAGGAACAUUAUUAGGACUUAUACAUACAGCAAAAUUAGAAGAAUUAGAAAUGAAAUCAGUUAUUCUUAAAGGAUUUCUUUAUAUACUUCGUGAAAGUCAUCGAACUCGUACUGUCUUUCGAAAAGUUGGUGGUUUUGUCUAUAUUGUUUCAUUAUUAAUAUCAAUGGAAGGUUGUUUUUCUGCACCACCUAAACAUCCAUGGACAACAGUAUCUCGUCAUGAAAUUUUAUCUAUUAUUCGUCUUAUACUUAAUACAUUAACUGUAGCCAUGCGUUUUGAACCUGGUAAUGCUCGUCUAUUUGAAAAUGAGGUUCGUUGGCAAAGUUUAUCUGAUGCUAUUAAAUUACUGGGUUGUUUUACAAAUGAAACUCGUCUUACUGAUAGUGUAAUAUCAUCAAAAUUUGAUUAUGCAUCUAAGCAUAAUUAUGAAAUAUUCGAACAAUUAUUUUAUUCACUUGAUGAACGUAUUAUUUCAAUAACUGAUUUACCACUUGAACUUGUUAAUGCUUGUCAUAUAGCACGAUGUUUUCAUGAUAUUGCACUUGAUUGUAUUGAUAAAUCAUUAAUAAAUCCAAAUUUAAGAAAUGAACCUAUCAAACAUGGAACAUCAAUGGAUAGUAGUGAUGAUGCAGUACCUAGUCCAUUGUUUCGAACAAGUACCCUUAAUAUGCAUUCAACAACACGAACAUCAGCAACAUUUACAUUUCCAUCUUAUAUGGAUGAACCUAUUAUUGUUUAUCCUGGUGCUAUUGUUUGUUUUCUACAAAUUAUUUCUUCUAUACCACGUACAAUAGAUGAACAGUAUGCAAAUCGUUUACAAUAUUUUUUAAUGUUAACAUUAAAAAAUUUACUUAAAUAUGAUCGUAAUUUACAAAUAAUGGCUACAUAUGGUUUUUCACAACAUAUUAUAUAUAUAUGUGAAAUUGCAUUACAAAAUGAAAAUCAUCAUUUACAUACAUCUGUACAAUAUAUUUUUGAACGAUUAGCUACUUUUAUUUUACCUGUACGAACAUUAAGACAAUUUCUACGUAUGGGUAUUGAUUCAAUAAUUAAUCCAACAUUAUAUAUGACUUCUUCAAAAGAUGCUAAUUUAAUAAAUAAACCAUUUGUACCAUUAAAUCGAAUAAAAUGUCUUGUUUCAAUGACAACAUUACGUGAUAUUCGUCGUGAAACACAAGUUUUAUUAUCAUCAAAUUCUCCAACAGGAAUAUUAUCAAAUACAUCUUCAGUAAUAUUUCCAUCAUUUGUUGAAUUUAAUAUGGGUAUUGAAGGUUUUGGUGCUUUAUUAUUACCAUGUAUAAGUCCACAAUCUAUUACAUCAUCAAAUAAUGUUGUUGGUAAUUUUGGUAUGGUUACAAUGGCCAAUGAUAUUAUAUUACAAGGUGGUAUGACAUUAACAAAUGGUGGUGAAAGACAAUUUCCACCACAAUAUGGAAUGACUUAUUCAACAUGGUUUUAUGUUGAAAAAUUUGGUCCUAUUAAAGAUAAUAUACAUCCAAUACGUCUUUUAACUAUUAUUCGAAAUACAUUUAAUCAUGAAGAUUAUCGAUUUAUAUUACAAGUAUAUAUACAUCCAAAAGAUAAAUCUUUAUUAGUAUCAACACAAGAACAUCCAUUCCAAGAUUGUCAUAAUGAUUCCAUAUGUACAGAUGAUAUUAAAUCAGAUGGUAUAGUUAAAUUUAUAUGUUCAGAAAUGAUGAUUGAACAAAGAUGGACACAUAUAGCACUUGUUUGGACUAAAGGAAUGCUUAAAAAUAGUGCUGUUACAUUAUAUAUUAAUGGAAAACAAAUGGCUCUACAAAAACUACAUUAUAUAACUAAUAUGAUUAUUCCACCUGGAAAUAGUAUUUCAACAUUUGCAUAUAUUGGUUCAUUACCAAUACAACGUGUACAUUCAGGUGUACAAUGGCGUCAAGGUCCAUGUUUUCUUAUUGAAGAUAUACUUUCAUCACAAAUUAUUCUAGCUUUAUAUGCAGCUGGUCCAAAUUAUAUUGGUUCAUUUCAAGCUGUUUGUAUUGAUCCACUUAAUGAUAUAUUUUCACCAUUAUUUCCUGAAGAUAGAAUUAUAUUUGGUUUACAUCCAGCUAGUUUUUUUGAAACAACUUUAUCACAUUUUAGACAGCUCUAUAGUAAAAAUGAUGCAAAAUUAAUUGCUAAACAGUUGAAUAUGCCAACAAAUGAAUCAACAGUACCUAUUCGAAUUUUACAUAACAUUGCAGCACCUUAUAAUGGUCCUGCUCGAACGAUUGGCGGUGUAGUCAUUGGUUAUUUAGGUGUUCGUAUAUUUGUUCCAAAUCCUGUAUCAAAAACUAUUGAAUAUAUUGGUGGUCCAAAUGUUAUGCUUGGUUUAAUAGCAAUGUCAAAUGAUAUUGAAGCAUUUUAUGCAUCUGUUAAAGCAUUUGUUUGUAUACUUAAAUCAAAUAAACAAAUGCAACAUGAACUAUUAAGAACAAGAGCAUAUCAAAUUCUUGGUCUUUUAUUUCUUAAAAAACGUUAUCUAAUUAAUAGUCAUAUAUUACAUUUAACAUGUACACUUGUUGGUACAAUUGAUACAAUACGUGAAUCAACAGCUAUAACAAAUUCAGCUGCUUUUGAACAUCUGUUAUGUGAAUUUGAAAUUUGGAAAGGUGCUAGUCUUGAUAUACAAAAAUCAUUAUUUGAUCAUUUACUUGAUGUAUUUUUAACAAGUGAUACACAAAAUUUAAUGAUGAACCAAAAAUUAUCACAAAAAAUUAAUUUAAUGUCACGUUUGUUAUAUUUACUUAAAGAUAGUUCAUUACAUGAAUCAACACGUUUAAUUAUUAUAAGUCUUAUACGUGUAUUACUUGUUACAUAUAAAACUACAAAUGAUAUAUUAAAACUUGGUCAAUUUCUUGUUUAUCUUCUUCCAUCAAGUUCAAUAUCAGAAAAAAAUAUGAAUAUUUAUGGACCUACUGAAGAUUUAUCUAUUGGUAUACAAAAUAUAAUUUUACGUAAUUAUCUUUUAGAAAUGUUAGCUCGAACAAUAGCUGAAGAAAAACGUUCACAAACAAAUUUAACUGAUGAAUUUCUAACACAUCUUGGUUAUGAUUGGCUUCUACUUUUUUUACAAUCACAUCUUCAUCCACGUACAAUUAUUUUAACAACGAAAUUACUUAUUGCUUUUCUUUUAUCAUCAUCAAAUGCACUUACUCGUUUUCAUGAUAAUGCUAUGUUACUUACAAAUUCAUCAAUGACAAAUAAUUCUUCAAUACAAUCAUCAUCAACAACAACAACAACAACAUCAAAUACAGCGAAUACAACACCAGUAUCACCAUUAGCAAUAAAUAAUGAUAGUUGGAUUAAUGUAUUUAAUGAUCGACCAACAACAAAACCUACAUUUACAUUAAAUAUUGAUUCAACAAUGGCACUUGGAAAUAAUACAAAUGUAUCUAUACCUUUACCGGGUUUUGUUCUUUUACAAUAUAUAUAUGCACAACAAUCAGAAAUUAUACCAAUUUAUUAUCAAUUAACAGCAUUUCUUUUUCGAUUCAUGCCAUCUGAUGAUAUGAUGGAACUAACAGAGCUUAGUGUUGAAAAAUUUUUAAAAUUUAUAAAUAUUCAUACACCACUUGCUGCGAGUCUUUCAUCUGCAAGUUCUAUAUCAUCGAAACAACAAUCAUCAACACCACAACAACAAUAUGAAUUAGAUGCUUGUCCUAUUAUAUUUGCAAUGGUUCGAAAUUUAGCUUCACAAGAAAAUGAACAAGCUGAACAAAAUGGUUUAGCUGUAUUAAAAUUUUAUCAUCAAUUAUAUCGUCGAAAAAGUGAAUUUUUUAAUUAUGCUCAAACAGUUGAAUAUCUUUCGUGUUUAUGUGCCAUUGUUUUUCCUCCAAUAAUUCAAAAUCAAAUAUCUUUCGAUUCAUCAAAUACAAUUACUCGUCAAAAAACUGUCAAUACUGAAGAAUCUGUUUCAUCAACAUCUGAUCUGGAUUCUCUAAUUGCUACAUUUACAUCAAAUACAACAUUACGUGGAACAAUAGUUGAUAUUGUUCGAGAUAUAAUUAUCGAUAGUCUCUAUUCAAAUACAGCACGAAUACCAAAUGUGAUUGAUUAUUUUCUUUCUGCUCUUCCAGAAAAUAUGAAUUCUGAUUUAACAUAUCAAAUAUUUGUUCAAUGUGUAUUUAAAUCAAUAAUUGAACAAUUAGAAACAUCAGAAUUAUGUCCAUUAAAUUCAAAUGAAGAUCAAAUAAAUACAAUCCAAUAUGGUAUUAAUGAUGAAUCCGGACGAUCAACAUAUUCACGUACAUUAUCAACAAUAACAUCAAAUACUUCAUUAACAAAUUUUAAUGUAUCAUCAUAUAAAAUAUUACUUGAAAAUGUUACACAUUAUAUUGAACGUAUGGUUGAUAAAAUUUGGGAUAUUGACUAUCGUGAACCAAAAUAUAUAUUUGAAUUUAUUAUUAAAAUAAUUAAUCAAGCAAAAAAACGAGGUUCAAAUACAUUUAUGGAUUCACUUUUUCGUUCAUUAAAUCGAACAAUAUUAUUUGAAUUAUCAAGAAAAACUGAUUCAUUUGGUGAUCAAAUGACUGCACUUGAUGCAUUACAUCGUUUAGCUAAUAAUCGACAAUUGAUUUUUUCGGAUUCGAAUCAAGAUAUUGAAUUUUUUGGUUGUCUUUGUUAUUGUUUAAUUAUUUUAAUUGAUGAAACAGGAACAAAACAAUUCAGUGAUGGUUCAAGUUCACAAUCAACUUGGUAUCAUCGUCUUGAUAGUCCACCAUCACCUAUGCAACCUAAUAAAAGUUUAAUAAUUAAUGCUGCACAACGUAUUUGGUCAGAAUUAUAUAUGAAAAAGAAACCUGCAUUAGAAGAAGUACUUAAAAUGAAUUUUUCACAAUUAGUUACACAAAAUAAAACUACGUUAGUUGAUGUUAGUGAAUAUUUGUUUGAAUCAGCAUCAAAAGUUUGGGCAAGAUUUGUCGAAGGAGAAUCAAGAAUAACAGAUAAAAUUCAACAACAAAUUAUGCAUGUUGGUUCGCGUAUACAACGAUUGACUGGUGGUGUAACAGGUGGUUUUCGAUCAAGUCUUCAUCAACUUCGAGGAACAAAAUCAAAACGUGAACAAGUUAAAUUAGAUCGAGCAACCAUUCAUAGUGCUUUGGCUUUAAUGUCUGUUACUGUUUCCAGUGUUAAAGAAAAUGUUGAAAAUGAAUAUCGUCGAUUAGCACAAAAUUGCGAACAAAAAUUUAGUUAUCUAUAUGAAGAAUGGUUGGCUAUUGAACAUGAUUUAUUACGUGAACGUGGUUUAUGGGGUUUUGAUGAACCAGAUCCAUUAGCAAAAUAUAAACUUGAUUUUAUUGAAGGACCAUGUCGUAUGCGUAAACGAAUGGUACUUAAUGAAGAUUUCUAUAAACAUUAUCCCCAUCGUAUUCCAAUUGAACAAACGAAACGAAAAUUUAAUCCACCCAUUUCAUUUGAUUCCAAACAAUAUUCUGAUCGACAAGUUCAACUUGUCGAUCGUUUACUUAUUACAAGUCCACCAUCGAUUGACAAUUCUGUCAUAUCUUCAACAACAAUAUUAAAAGAAACAAAUGAAUCAUCACCAACACUACCACCAUCCACAAUUGCAGUUACAUCAAAAGAAACUAAUGAAUCAUCUUCAUCACCAACAGAACAAAUCGUUCGACAAGAUAGUGAAUUAUGGACAAAUGAAGAAGAAAAAAAAUUACUUGCACCAACUUUAUUAUCAGUACGAAAGAAAACAUUAUCAACUGAUAUGUUACCAAUAGAAGGAUUAAUUGUUGGUGAUGAUGAUGAAGAAGAUCCCAUGGUUACUAAUUUAGAACAAGAUGAAGUUGAAACAGAAGCUGAAACUCAACAAACACCAACAACAUCAAAUGAAACAUUAGAAAUGGGACAAACUAAUCAAAAUGUUUUACGAUUACUUGAAGAAGAUGAAAAAAUUUCAUUAGCAUUUCGUUGUGCACGUAUUGAAGGACUUGAUGGUAGUGAAGGAAUAUUAAUAUUUGGUCGUGAACAUUUCUAUAUUCUUGAAGGAUAUACAUAUAAUACAGAAAAAAAUGAAAUUGUUGAUUUAGAUAAAUGUCGUAAUGAAUAUAUACCAUUAAUACCUAAAUCAUCAACAAUAACAAAUACUGAUAUAAUACAAUAUAGAAAAGAAUGUUCAAAAUUUGCUUAUGAAGAUAUUAAAGAAGUUCAUAAACGUCGACAUAUUUUACAACCUAUUGCUUUGGAAUUAUUUGCUGCUGAUGGUCGAAAUUAUUUACUUGUAUUUGUUCGUAAAGAACGUAAUAAAGUUUAUCAACGUUUACUUAAUUCAGCAACAGAAUUAACUGAUUCAGCUAUUCAUUCUGUAUCUGGUCAACGACGAAGUAUUAAUAUAGAACAAGGAACGAGCUUUAUUGGAACACUUAUGGGUGAACGUUCUGUUACACAACGAUGGGAAAAAGGUGAAAUUAGUAAUUUUCAAUAUUUAAUGUAUUUAAAUACACUUGCUGGACGAUCUUAUAAUGAUUUAAUGCAAUAUCCAGUGUUUCCAUGGAUUUUAGUGGAUUAUGAUAGUAAAGAAUUAAAUUUAACAAAUCCAAUUACUUUUCGUGAUUUAUCAAAACCAAUGGGUGCUCAAACUAUUGAUCGUCUUGUACAAUUUCAAAAACGUUUUGCUGAAUGGGAUGAUCCAACAGGUUCAACACCAGCUUAUCAUUAUGGUACACAUUAUUCAUCAGCAAUGAUUGUUGCAUCAUAUCUUGUUCGAACUGAACCAUUUACUCAAGUUUUUCUUCGUUUACAAGGUGGUCAUUUUGAUCUUGCUGAUCGAAUGUUUCAUAGUAUUAAAGAUUCAUGGUUAUCAGCUAGUAAAAAUAAUAUGGCUGAUGUCAAAGAACUUAUUCCAGAAUUCUUUUAUUUACCAGAUUUUUUACUUAAUACAAAUAAAUUUGAUCUUGGUAAAAAACAAAAUGGUUUAGCAUUAAAUGAUGUUGUAUUACCACCAUGGUCAAAAAAUGAUCCUCGAGAAUUUAUACGUAUUCAUCGAAUGGCAUUAGAAAGUGAUUAUGUUUCGGCACAUUUAAAUGAAUGGAUUGAUCUUAUAUUUGGAUAUAAACAAGAAGGACCAGCAGCUAUUGAAGCAACAAAUGUAUUUCAUCAUUUAUUUUAUGAAGGUGCUGUUAAUGUUGAUGAUAUUAGUGAUCCUCUUGAACGAUCAGCUAUCAUUGGUUUUAUAAAUAAUUUUGGACAAAUUCCUAAACAACUUUUUAAACGACCACAUCCACAAAAAAAAUUAAGUCGAUCUUUAAUUGAUUCAAUUGGUAUUGAAAGAAAUUUAUUUUUUAAUCAUGUAAAUAGUCUACGACCAUCAAGAAUGCCAAUUAAAGAAUUAAAAUCUGCAGUUGGUAUUAUUCUUCCAACUGAAAAAUCUUUAAUUGCUCUUGAACAAUUUAAAGCAAUAAUACCACCAAAUUAUUCACGUUGUAUACAAUAUGGAUUUCCAGAUGAAAGUUUACGAAUUAUGUCUGUUGAUUCUGAUAAAAGUUCAAUGAUUUAUGAAUUAGUACAAGAUGGAAAAAUAACAAAUGUUUUAUGUCCAACAUCUCAAUAUGUUAUAACAGCAGGUACUAAUACAUUAAUUAAUGUAUGGGAAAUUGGUAAAGGUCGUCAUAAACGUUUACAUCUUAAAACUCGUCUUAAUGGUCAUAAUGAUACAAUAACAUAUUUAACAGCAUCACAAGCAUAUCGAAUAUUAAUAUCUGGUUCGGAUGAUCAAACAUGUAUUGUUUGGGAUUUAAAUCGUUUACAUUUUAUUCGACAAUUACCAAAUCAUGCUGGAUCAAUAUCAUGUAUAUGUGUUAAUGAAUUAACUGGUGAUAUUGCAAGUGCAGCUGGAAGUUAUCUUUAUGUAUGGACUAUAAAUGGACAAUUACUUGCAUCAAUUAAUACUAUGGCUUAUAGUAGACAACAAUCUAUACUUUGUAUUGCCUUGUCUCAAAUGAAUGAAUGGGAUGAUGAAAAUGUGAUUAUAACUGGUAGUUCAGAUGGUGUUGUUCGUAUGUGGACUAUUGGUUAUGAUCAAGUACUUGAUGAACCACCACCAUCAUCACCUUCAAUGUUAACAUUAGGUGAAGAACGAAGUCGUUUACCAUCUAUAUCUCAACCAUCACAAAUAAAAUUACAAUCAAAUACGAGUCAAAUAUCAAUGGAUAGUGAUGCUGAAUCUGAUGAAGGAGAAGGAAAAACUCCUGGAACACCACCUACACAAACAGGUUUACCAUUACAAAUUAAUCGAUCAUUUGAUGAUGAUGGAGAAUUAAAUAUAAAUAAAGAUACACUUGAUGUACCACCUGUAUCAUCAUUAAAUAGUCCAACUGGUAGUGAUAAAUUUAUUGUUGUUACAGAUGUUGAAAUACUUGAAGCAAAAAGUAAUAAUAAUAAUAAUAAUGAAACUCAUAUAAAAUCAACUUAUCUUGAUUUAAAAGAAGGUUUUAAAUGGGAUCGUCGAUUAAAUUAUCGUGGUAAAUUAACAAUGCAUACAGCUUAUGAACGAAAAGAAAAUCCAAGUCCAGCUGCUGUUACAGCAAUUAGUAUUUCAAAAGAUCAUAAAAUUUUAUAUGUGGGUGAUGCACGUGGUCGAAUAUUUAGUUGGACAGUUAGUGAUAAUCCAGGUCGAACAAAUGCUGAUCAUUGGAUUAAAGAUGAAACAGUAGGAGCAUGUAAAGAUUGUUCAAUUCGAUUUUCAUUUGCUGAACGACGACAUCAUUGCAGAAAUUGUGGACAACUAUUCUGUGCUAGAUGUAGUCGUUUUGAAACCGAUAUACCUCGUAUGAAAAUAUAUAAAAAUGUACGUGUUUGUCGUCAGUGUUAUUCAUCGAUCAAAGAACAAAAAUUAUCAACUACAAAUAAUAAUUGA